UGCUGAUUGAAGUUUGAAUUUCACGUUAGCGCCCAGCGAUAUUGGUUAUCCCGCGUACUUUAUUCUUUGCGCGUUGGUUUCAGUUUGUUGUUGUCACUCUCAGUAUUUAAUAUUUUUAUUUGCGUAAACUGAGUUAUUUGAGUUUCGCUAACUAAAAACCUUGAAAUACUACUCAACCUUCACUUUUCAGGAUUAAUUAUAGCAGAUAAUCGAAUUCUCAACAUAAUAUCAAUAAAAUCCUCCAUCGUUGUAACUGAGUAAUGCCUAAUAAUAACACAAAUGAAGAUGAUUGGGAGACGGAACCUGAUUUUGUGAAUGAUGUAACUGAAAAAGAGCAAAGAUGGGGUUCUAAAACUGUUGCUGGUUCUGGACAUCAAGCUUCUAUAGAUAUGGCAGCAUUAAGAGAAGAAGUGAAACAGGCGGAUCGUUUAGCUAAACUAAAGAUUGCACCUAAACCAUCCUAUGGAUAUGGUGGAAAAUUCGGUGUUGAACAAGAUCGUAUGGAUAAGUCUGCAGUAGAUUGGAGUCAUGUUGAAACCACAGAGAAGCAUACUUCACAAAAGGAUUAUGCUAAAGGAUUUGGCGGUAAAUACGGUGUACAAACUGAUCGUCAAGAUAAGUCAGCUGUUGGUUGGGAUCAUAAAGAGACGACAGAAAAGCAUUCAUCACAGAAAGACUAUUCCACUGGAUUCGGUGGUAAAUAUGGUGUUCAAAAAGACAGACAAGAUAAGUCAGCUUUAGGCUGGGAUCAUCAUGAAAAGCCAGAGUGUCAUCCAUCUCAAGUGGAUUAUGCUAAAGGUUUCGGUGGAAAAUUCGGUGUACAAACUGAUCGGGUGGAUUCCUCUUCAGUUGGUUGGAAUGAAACGAAUAAAACAGAGCUGCAUCCAUCACAAAUGAAAGCGGCUAUUUCUAAACCAGAUGGUAACAGUCUAAGUAGUAUACGUCAGCGAUUUGAACAGAAGACAACAUCGUCGACGAAUUCAUCUGCUCCGUCUGCAGCUCAACAACGUGUUCUUGAAGAACGUGCUCGUUGGGAGGCUGAACGUAAAAAAAUGGAAAAAGAACAAUUAGAAGAAAUAUCCUCAUCGAAGGGAGCCACAGUAUCGCUUGAUACAAAUAGAGCGGUCUCCCAAUCAACUGAUGAUUCCAUGAAACCUCCUACUCAGUUGUCGUCUAUUGGUGAUACGAAGAAGCAUGACAAUCCCCCGAGCAGUAAUCCUGUCACUACUACCACCACAGCUAUAUCAAACAACACAUCGGUCCUAUCUGAAUCCAAUCGAAUAAGUCAUAAGGAGAAGGAGGAAGAGGAGGUCAGUAAGAGUAAUGAUGCUAAUGAAUUACAUGAUGACUAUCAAAGAAAUUCUCUUGGUCAUCAUCAGCCCAACACUGAUGCUGUUACGUGUAGUCAAACUCCAGAAAUGUUCACAGCGAUAGCCUUGUAUGAUUAUGUUGCCGGUGAAGAUGAUGAACUGACCUUUUGUACAGGUGAGACAAUAACUGAAGUUGAGAAAAUCGAUGAAGGUUGGUGGAAAGGUGUUUGUCGACAUAAAGUUGGUCUAUUCCCAGCCAAUUAUGUCUCAUUGAUCUGAUGAUGAUGAUUUACGCCUUUCUUGUUUUAAUAUGCGGAACCGGGAUAAAAGACGUGACUAUUGCUCAGAUCUAUUCUAUCCAUCUACCUAUCUAGCUAUCUAUCUCUUUGUCUUUAGCAUAAAUAUUUAUGCAAUUUCUCAAUUGGAAUGAAUCUCUGAUUUUUUUACUAUUCUCUCUGAUUUUGAUUCUCUGAAAAUAUUUUGCUGACAUUUUCAGCUUGUUUUUUUGUUUUUAUUUCUAAAUUUUGCCUUCUUAACAUAAUAUGAUCUUUUUUUAUGAAUGAAUUUUUUUUAAAGAAAAUGUUAUUCUCUUUC